AUGGUAGGCCUCGCAGAACACCAGUCCCACAUCCUCGCCGUCGCCGUCGCCGUCGCCGCCGAGCCCCCGAACCACGCGGACGUCCCCGUCUUCCGGCGCGUCGACUACACCCCCGAGGCCAUCGCCCUGCGGUACCAGGACUACGCCGCCGCCGACACCACGGCCGGCUUCGUCUCGGCGUACCGCGGCAUCCUGAGCGCCGGCGGCGAGCGCGCCUUCGCCCCGAUCCUGCGCCACCUCGCGCGCGACGAGCCCACGCCGUGCCUGGUGCACUGCACCGCCGGCAAGGACCGCACCGGCCUGGUCUGCGCCAUUGUGCUGUCGCUGUGCGGCGUCGACGACGACACCAUUGCCUGGGAGUACGGUCUGACCGAGGAGGGGCUGGCGCCGCUCAAGGAGGGCAUCAUGCAGCGCCUGAUGAGUGCCGAGGGGGUCACGGUCGACGAGGCCGGCGCCUGGAGGAUGCUGAGUUCCCGGCCCGAGAGCAUGCUUGCUACGCUCCAGGUCAUGAGGGAGGAGUACGGCUCGGUGGAGGAAUACGUCGUCAACGAGUGCCGCUUGUCGCCCGACGAGAUCGAGCGGCUGCGGCGGAAUUUCAUCGUCGAGCCGCAGAACGGUGGUGUCCUGGACGCCGAGCGUGCGGUAUUAUGA